UGUCUUUUCCUACUUAUAGCAUCUUAUCACUUCAAACAAAAGUCAGCGCCCUCUUCUCUCCCUCUCUCAGUACACAUUUUCACACCUCAUGGACCUCGAUUGGGAUCUCCACGCCGUUGUCAGAGGCUGCACCACCACUUCCUCCGCCACCACAACCACCACCACCACUACCACCUCCUCCUCUUUCUCUACUUUCCCAGCCGAACAACUUUUGUCCCUUUCAGAUAACCCCUUUGAAGCAAGGACUUCCAUAGAAGAGCUUCACCACCUUUGCAAGCCUUUCUUCCUCAAACCUCACCCUCACUCCUUCCAAACCUCUUCUCCACUCUCUUCCUUUUCUUACUCCUCCUCCACACCCAAAUCACCUCACAAAAAACAUGAACAAAAACACCCUCCGACUCACUCUCAACAUGCCCCCACCCCAAGAUCCAAAAGAAGGAAGAAUCAGGUUAAGAAGGUUUGCGAGGUGGCGGCUGAGAAUCUCUCAUCAGACAUAUGGGCAUGGAGGAAAUAUGGACAGAAACCCAUCAAAGGGUCACCAUAUCCAAGGGGGUAUUACAGAUGUAGCAGCUCAAAGGGGUGCUUAGCUAGGAAACAAGUGGAGAGGAACAGAUCCGACCCAACAAUGUUCAUAGUGACAUACACUGGUGAACACAACCACCCUGUCCCCACUCAUAGAAACUCCCUUGCUGGCUCCACGCGACACAAACCUCAAACCGGAGAAACUGCCACAAAAUCGGUUUCUCCAGCCACCUCAGAGGUGGCAAAAUCAGAGAGCACAGAAGAAGACAUGGAACAUCUGAUGAAAGAUGACAAGGAACCAAAUGAAUUUGGCUUAACAGAAACGGUGGUAACAGAUGAUUUCUUUGAAGGGUUAGAGGAACUAACAGGGUCUGCCACUAAUAGUGCUGCCACUGCCGCUGGUGGUAGCUGACUCAUGCUUUUCAUUGCAUAGAAUAGCAACUUUUUUUUUUGAGUUAGAGAGGAAAUCGUUCGUGCAUUUUAGAGGAACCUUUAACAAGUAAUGCUUUUGUGAAGGGGAAGAAAAGCUCUUCCCAAAAUAUACAGUGUAGAUUAGGCAUUUAUAAAUUUUGUUAGCUACACCUCUGUUAAUGUCAUGAAAUCAAUUCAUUUUUACACUUUUUUUUUUGUGCAUGUAAUUGAUUGAGUUGGUUUGACUUUAAAAUUGGUUGCGAUAAAUUUUCUAGCACUUUUGCAUUGACUUUUGCUGCCGAUGAUGAGUAUUGUGUGACUAUGAUUUAAAGGUCCAUAAUUGUUGGGUAGUUAUUCCAAUUGAGGUUAUGCUCAACCACAAAACUUGUAGUCCCAUUUGGAAUCGAGGGCAAGCACUAAGGGAUCGGCGUUCAAGGAGAGCUAUAAAAAUAUACUAAUGUUCGUUGUGAUUUUUAAUGUAUUAUUAUUAUCUUUUGUAUAUACAAAAUAUUAUUGUUGGGUUAA